AUGUUUAAUAAGAAGAAUAAUAAAAUGUAUAAUAAGAUGUAUAAUAAGAAGUUGAAUAAGUUGAAUAACAAGUUGAAUAACAAGUUGAAUAGCAAGUUGAAUAGCAAGUUGAAUAAUAAAUUGAAUAAUAAGUUGAAUAACAAGUUGAAUAAGAAGUAAAAUAAGAAGUAUAAUAAGAAGCUAAAUAAGAAGUUGAAUAAGAAGUAUAAUAAGAAGUAUAAUAAGAAGUAAAAUAAGAAGUUGAAUAAGAAGUAAAAUAAGAAGUUGAUAUAAGAUUAAGAACAAAAAAAGAAGAAGAACAUUAAAAUGAAGAAACAAAUUAAAAUGAAGAAGAAUAAAAUAAAUAAGAUGUAUAAAAUUUAUAAGAAAUAGCAAAUGCAGAUUAACAAGUAAUAAAUGAAUAAUAAGAUAAAAACCUUGAAGAAAAUGAUGAUUAAAAUAAAAAAGAUUAAUAAUAAAAACAAUAAUAUCAAAACAAUUAGAAAAAUAAUAAUGAAUAAAAUAUAAAUAAGAAAAAAAAUAAAAAAAGAUGAUUUUUAUAUAUAUAUAUAUACAUUAAAUAUUUAUUUAAAUUGA